AUGUCUCCUCCGGGCUCACCCAGGUUGGUUGACUUCUAUACAGUGCCAAAGGACAUCCUCCAAGAGUUCCACGACCUUGCAGAAGAGGAAGAUGUCGAUCCUUUCGCUGAGACCGCCUCCCAGCGCCAAAUCGCGGCACGACAGUCAGACUACCACAAGCGCCGCUUCAAUCGUGUAGCCGUCGACAGCGCAGAUGCAUUCCAGCAAGGGGAGGAUGGAAAGGAUGCGGAGGGCGGGUAUAAAGAAGCCAUGAGGUUGGCCAGGUUGGAGCAGGAGGAACAGAGAGUGAGGAAGGCUAUCGAGGAAAAGCAAAGGAGUCAGAGGGAGGAGGACCAGAUGAAGAUGGACCUCGACAAAACACCGCCUCGGGAGGAAAUUGAAGCAGCGGAAAAAGAGCUUGCAGCCAUGAAGACGGAGAAAGAAGUGUCGAGCACCAAGCGGAAGAGGCGGUGGGAUGUCGAGGACACGGCUGAUGAAAACGUUGACCCGAAUCGCAAGAACAAAGGAGAAUGGUCCAAGGAGUCUCUUGAGGCGUCAGCACCCAAAAAACGGCGGUCAAGAUGGGAUGCUACCCCCGCGGAAACACCUACGGAGACACCAAAACGCUCCCGCUGGGACCAGACACCAGCAGCUGCACCGGACGCACCAUUAAUUCCUAUCAUCAUGAACGCUCCUGGUCUUCAGCAGGAUGACAAGCACAAUCGUUAUCUGACGGACGAAGAACUCGACGCUAUCCUUCCGGCCACAGGUUAUGCAAUUGUUCCACCUCCUCCUGGCUAUGCUCACUCGAUGGCCCCUCGCAAAUUUAUGGCAACUCCUGUGACAGAAGUCGGCGGGUUCCAAAUCCAGGAAAGCUCCGAUGCUGCUGCGGCCGCCGCAGCUGCAGGUCUUGCACCUGAGCUGCCUACAGAAAUUCCAGGCGUUGGCAACCUGGCCUUUUUCAAAGCAGAGGACGCGCAGUACUUUGCCAAAAUCUUGAAAGAGGAGGAUGAGACAGAGUUGACUGUUGAGGAGAUGAAGGAGAGAAAAAUUAUGCGUCUUUUGCUCAAGAUCAAAAAUGGCACUCCUCCUGUCCGCAAGACUGCACUUCGUCAAAUAACAGAUAAGGCUCGCGAAUUUGGCGCCGGCCCGCUCUUCGACAAGAUUCUGCCACUUCUCAUGGAGCGCACGCUCGAAGACCAAGAACGUCACUUGCUGGUGAAGGUUAUCGACCGAGUUCUCUACAAACUCGACGACCUUGUCCGCCCCUACGUCCACAAAAUUCUUGUCGUUAUCGAGCCGUUGCUCAUCGAUGAGGAUUACUACGCUCGUGUAGAAGGCCGCGAAAUUAUUUCCAACCUCUCCAAGGCCGCCGGUCUUGCGCACAUGAUUUCGACCAUGCGUCCCGAUAUCGACCACGCCGAUGAAUACGUUAGAAAUACGACAGCAAGAGCUUUCUCCGUUGUUGCCUCUGCUCUUGGUAUCCCCUCUCUCCUUCCUUUCCUGAAGGCGGUCUGUCGAUCCAAGAAGUCAUGGCAGGCCAGACACACAGGCAUUCGUAUCGUUCAGCAGAUUGCCAUCAUGAUGGGUUGUGCCGUCCUUCCCCAUCUACGCAAUUUGGUUGAUUGCAUCGCCCAUGGUCUCUCAGAUGAACAACAGAAAGUUAGAACGAUGACUGCCCUUGGUCUAGCCGCCCUUGCAGAAGCUGCGGCCCCCUACGGUAUCGAGUCCUUUGAUAACGUCCUGAAGCCUUUGUGGUUGGGUAUCCGAUUGCACCGUGGUAAAGGCCUCGCCGCCUUCCUCAAGGCCAUCGGCUUCAUCAUUCCCCUCAUGGACCCUGAGUAUGCUUCUUAUUACACCAAAGAAGUUACUGUCAUUCUCAUUCGGGAAUUCCAAACAUCUGAUGAAGAGAUGAAGAAGAUCGUGCUCAAAGUUGUUAAGCAAUGUGCUGCCACAGAAGGCGUUACGCCCCAGUACAUUAAGCAGGAUAUCCUCCCCGACUUCUUCAAAUCAUUCUGGGUUCGUCGUAUGGCUCUUGACCGCCGCAACUACAGGCAGGUGGUAGAGACUACCGUAGAGCUCGCUCAGAAAGCCGGUGUUUCCGAGAUUGUUGGAAGGAUCGUCAACGAGUUGAAGGAUGAGGCUGAGCCAUACCGCAAGAUGGUCAUGGAGACCAUUACCAAAGUUGUCGCGACUCUCGGUGCCUCUGAUAUUGACGAGAGGUUGGAAGUGCGUUUGGUUGACGGCAUUAUCUACUCUUUCCAGGAGCAGACCACAGAGGAUCAGGUCAUGCUCGACGGCUUCGGCACUGUCGUUAAUGCCCUCGGUAUCCGUGUCAAGCCUUACCUCACCCAGAUCGUUUCCACUAUUCUCUGGCGCCUUAACAACAAGAGCGCCAAAGUCCGUCAGCAAGCUGCCGAUUUGACAACACGCCUUGCAGUUGUCAUCAAGCAAUGUGGUGAAGAUCAGCUCCUGAGCAAGCUUGGUCUUGUUCUCUUUGAGCAGUUGGGAGAGGAAUAUCCUGACACACUGGGUAGCAUCAUUGCUGCUGAAGGUGCAAUCGCAAACGUUGUGGGUAUGACACAAAUGAACCCUCCUGUGAAAGACCUUUUGCCUCGAAUGACGCCAAUUCUGCGAAACAGACACGAGAAAGUGCAAGAAGCGUCCAUCAAUUUGAUUGGCCGCAUCGCUGAUCGUGGUGCCGAGUUUGUGCCUGCUCGUGAAUGGAUGCGUAUCUGUUUCGAACUCCUUGACUUACUCAAGGCUCACAAGAAGGGUAUUCGACGAGCGGCCGUCAACUCGUUCGGUUACAUAGCCAAGAGUUUGGGUCCUCAAGACGUCCUUUCAGUAUUGUUGACCAAUUUGCGUGUCCAAGAACGCCAGAGUCGAGUUUGCAGCACAGUAGCCAUCGCCAUCGUCGCCGAAACUUGCGGCCCCUUCACUUGCAUCCCAGCCAUCCUCAACGAAUACCGAACAGCUGAACUCAAUGUCCGAACCGGAUGCUUGAAGGCCCUCUCUUUUGUUUUCGAAUACGUUGGGCCUCAAUCCGCCUACUACUGCGAUUCCGUCGUGACGAUGCUGGAAGACGCUCUCACCGACCGAGAUCUCGUCCAUCGUCAAACCGCCAGCACCAUCGUAAAACACCUCGCUUUGGGUGUUGCGGGUUUGGGUUGUGAGGAUUCAAUGCUGCAUCUCAUGAAUCUCGUGUGGCCCAAUUGCUUCGAAACCUCGCCCCACGUCAUCGGUGCUGUUAUGGAUGCCAUUGAGGCCAUGCGAGUCACCCUCGGUCCUGGUGUAUUGUUGAGCUAUGUACUGCAAGGUCUUUUCCAUCCUGCGCGGAAGGUUCGCGAGGUGUAUUGGCGCGUCUACAACGCCCUCUAUCUUGGAGCGUCAGACGCCCUGGUCCCCUUCUAUCCUGAUCUUGGAGAGUUGACAGAAGGACAAAAUGUGUAUGAUAGGCACCCCCUUCAAGUCUUUAUUUGA